AAUAAGAGUAAAUUUACUAUAUAUAGUAAUAUAAUCUACUACUUAUUAAUUAAAAAUAAGCGGGUAAUAAGAAGUAUAUUAGCGUUAGAGGUUUAUAAUAUAAUUAAUAGCGUUAACUUCUCUUACGUAAUUUUAAUAAUGCUAAAGAAAAUUAUUAAUUAA